AUGGCACCGCGACCUCGACCGCUGUCCAUAGGCCUGUCCCUCCCACUAGCCGAGUGGCCCCAAUACCCGUCCACGGCCAAGAUCCUGUCGCCGCACACCGCUGGGCCCCUCACGGCCGCCCUCGUUACCGAGACGGAGGAGCGCGCCAGGGUCGCGGACAGGUGUGCGCUGUCGGUCUCGAUGCACGCGCAUCAUGUUCGGCGGGCAAGUGGUCAGGUCAGGCGCGUAUCUGCCAAAGUCCUUCCGCCAACCCAGGCGCGGAGAGUGUCCGUCGCCCUACCCGAACUAGAGGAGGAUCGCGAGGGCCAGGAUGCGUAUCCGGCUGCGGGUUGCGAUCACUCGGAGGAAAGCACCGACCACAGCCACGGGCGCCCUUCGCCGCGCCACUAUGGGCAUCUGGAGCGGUCGUCCAUCAGCCGGUGUGGCGCCGACCAGUAUCCCGAGCGGCCUAGGGCGCUCCGAGUCGAUGGCAACAUCGAUCUCCCAGAUGUCGAGAACAGUCCAACGGCCGACGCAGUGGACACCCCCGAGAGGUUCCGUGGCCUCCUAUCCCCUAUCGAGCCGGCGGUAACACCCACGUCCGCUCGUGCCUACGAUGGAUUCUAUCCGCAGGCUACCGAGCACCAGGACACGUGCGUUAGGGACGACGCGGGGGUCGACGGGGACAGUGCCACCGACAACGCCGACCGCCUUGCCGCAGCGUACCGGGGAAAAGGUGACAACCGCGCAGUGGAGGGGCUGGAGGAAAGACUUGGAGGCGUGCUCAUCAAGGAGACGCGAGGGUAUAUAGUGUCAUAA